GGCAAAGUGAAAGUACACAGUCCAUUCUACAGCACUGAGAGAAGAUGUUGUACAUUCUCAUCCUUGGAUGUUUGCAGUUUACAGGCUCAGCCUCCCUAAUUCAUGGAUAUGGAAAUACAAUCGCUGAGUAUGGUGGGGAGGCACAUUACAGCUGCUCAGUGGCCAACCCAACAGUGGGUGUGCUGCAGGUCACAUGGCAGAGGCUUUUCAAAGAUGGGCCGAUACAGAACCUGGCCACCUACAGCAAGCGGUUUGGUCAGCAAGUCAACACGCCUUACCGUGGAAAAGUCACCUUAACAGAAGCGUCCCUGAACUCGACCUCCAUCAGUCUGAGCAACGUCUCGUGGCAGGACGAGAGCUGCUACAUCUGCUCAUUUAACGCGUAUCCCGAUGGCUCCAAACAACAGCAGACUUGCCUCAGCGUGCAAGGAAUAUCCACGGUGGACACGGCGUAUGUUCCCAGAGCUGCACGCGGGGGAGACGGCAUGGAGGUGGAGUUUAGCUGCUCUGCCACAGGUAAACCAGCUCCGACCAUUGAUUGGGAAGUUUCACCCGGUGCUGCCCGUCUGUACCAAUCACAGACUGCGACAGAAACAAACAGUGACCACACGUUCACCAGCAGCGACAACAUCACGCUGCAAGUACCUGCAGGCUGGAGUGGACACGUGGACUGUCUGCUGAACAGGGGAGCGAGAGGACAGAGGCGGGAGAGGAUCCCCUUCUCUGUAGAUCCUCAGCAUCCGAAGAAGGAGGAUGAGAAGAGACGGCCUCGCCUGUUGCUCGCAGUUAUAAUCCCUACUCUUUGUAUUAUUACCUCCAUCACUGCUGUUGCUGUUGUCGUCACAAAGAGAAAAAGCUUGAUGCAAGGAAGAUGCCAUCAUUUAAAGAGAAAGGAGCACGACACAGAUGUGGACAUUGGGAUUUCUUGCAUUUAACCCAUAGUGACGUCAGCGCAGCAAACCAAGAGUUGACUACCUGUUGAAUUUUCAUUUCUUUUUCACUUCAGUUCUCAGCACUGUCACUUUAUUAAUGGCGCAUGAGGCAGAAAGCUUGUUGAGGAUGUGUAGGAUGUAAAAAUAUAACAGAAAGGACUGAUGUUAGGAGAAGGAGCCUGAGAAUGUGAAUCCUGAGACAAAAGCUAGAUUGCUCUUCAACUUUACUCUUAAUGAUCUGUAUGCACAAUUGGCACUUUACUUAUAUAUUUGAUGCAUCGGAAGUUUGGAAUGUUGGUUCAGGAUCAUGUGCUUUUUUUGCCUUUUGCCUGGGGCCCCCAAAGUCCAUUGAAACGCUCCUAAGCAGAGUUAAAGUCUCGAUAAAAAGACUAACAUGUAGUUAACUUCAGUGCAAUAUCAAUUUGCUUCAUGCAAAUCUAACCUCACCCACCUAUUGAUAGAAGUCAAAUGAGAACUAACAAAUGUCCUGAAUCAAUCAAAAUCUGUAUGAAUCUGUAGAGUUUAAAUCAGACAUUAUAUAUGAUAAAAUAUAUUUUUGUUCUGCAUAUUUAUUUUGAUUGUAAACUGUAUUUUUCUUGUGAUAUUGCACGUGUCAGCGUUAUUUAUUACUCCCAUAUCUAGAAGGCACAUUUACUGUAUGUUUGUGUGUGUGUGUGUGUGUGUGUGCGCACGCAUCUAUGUUCUGACAUAAUCUCAAUCAUUGUAUCAUAAACUUACGUUGUGCUUUGUGUGCUAAUUCGAGUUUUUAAUUAUUUAAUUUCCAAUUAUGCCCAUAAUUGUCAAUUUAAAUAUUCUGCUGUAAUGUCUGAACGUGACUUCAUUGCUCUUCAUAAGAAAUAAGGAUCCUCACAUGAUG